AUGGUUGAAUACUUGAUAUCCCUUGGGCAUGAUACCAGCGGCCCUGCCACCACAGGACUGAUAAGUUGGCACUCUGUUACAACAUUAGGCCCAUCAUACAACACCGAUGGUGACACGCCAUUGCACCUGGCAGCGUCCCACUCCCAAACCGAAAUCGUUGAGCUGCUCUGCUCACACUUCCCUUCCACCAUCAAUCAUGCCAAUAACGAAGGAGCCACACCACUUCACCUGGCCAUCCGUGCCCAUCCACCUUCGUCUGCCCUUACUUCAACGCAACCCGUCAAGAUCUCCUCCAAAGCUGCCGAAGAUAGCUCCACCGUCGAAUCCUUGCUUGCACAUAAUGCUGACGUGCACGCUCGAGACAGCAAUGGAAAUGGCUGCCUACAUUAUGCGUCUACCUGGGGCAAUCUCAAGGCUGUACGAGCGUUGAUUCAGGCAGGGGCAGAUCCGCUGCAACGAAACAACCAAGGCUGGACACCACAAUCCUAUAGCAUCACCGUCCAGGCAGAGGUGUACUACAAGAACUUAGUUGCAGAGUGGGAGAAGCGGAGAGCAGAAGAGGUCAUUCGACUGAAGGAGCGCAGAGGCAAAGGGGGCGGAGGCUUAAGACUGGUGAGCGAUGAUGGGGACUACCACCAGCGAAACGUGACAGACGGUGAUGAAGCAAGGGCACGCGCCGAAAGUACAGACAGCAUUGCCUCAAGCGCUACAGGCGAUGAGCUUCACGUCAGCCUACGAAGAAAUGACACGUGGAAAUGA